AUGUUCUCAGCAAGGUUCGAUGGCGGAUACAUAGAGCACAAGAUUCGGCGUGUCCACAAGAUCCUUCAGGCGCACAACUUUCCUGUCUUGAUGGUCGACGCCGGCAUUGGUGACAACUUCGGCAAACUAACACAAAACUAUUUGAACAAGAUUGAGAAAGAAAAAGGUGUCUUGAUUUGUGUUUGCACAGCUCAUUAUGCCGAGAAGACCAGCUCACCGUACUGCUCUUUUGAAGAGUUACAGUUCGCGAAAGACUACAGACUGGAUGUUCUCCCGCUGAAAGUGGCAGACGUCUACCCCCCGAAACCGCCUGGCGGUCCAAAGCACCCGCACGACAAGGAUUGCGAAGCAGAGGCCUUGAUUAAGAUGGUCUUCAGACCCAACCUCUCCUACAAGGACUGCCGCAACUUGGAUGAGGUGGAGAUUGCGCGGGUGAUCGCAGACAAGUUGCUAAAGAAGAAGAGCCUCGCCAUGAGAAGUUCGUUGUCCUUGCAAG